GGUUCUUCGAGUCCUGGCUAAAAAUGAGAAGCAGCUUUCACUUCUCAGGGAUUUGGAGGGCAUGAAGCCCCAGAAGGUGGACUUCUGGCGUCGCCCGGCCAGGCCCGGCCUCCCUGUGGACGUGAGAAUUCCUUUCUCUGAAUUGACAGACGUCAAAGCUUACCUGGAGUCUCAUGGCCUUGCUUACAGCAUCAUGAUCCAGGACAUCCAGGUGCUGCUGGAUCAGGAGAGAGAAGCCAUGGCGACAUCCCGCCGGCUGGAGCGCAGCACCAGCAGCUUCAGUUACUCUUCUUACCACACCCUGGAGGAGAUAUAUAGCUGGAUUGACAGCUUCGUAACUGAGCACGCAGAUAUUGUCUCAAAAAUUCAGAUUGGCCUCAGCUUUGAAAAUCGGCCCAUUCUUGUCUUGAAGUUCAGCACUGGAGGUUGUCAGCGCCAGGCCAUCUGGAUAGAUGCUGGAAUUCACUCCCGGGAGUGGAUCACCCAUGCCACCGGCAUCUGGACUGCCAAGCAGAUUGUCAGUGAAUACGGCAAAGAUGGCAUCCUGACAGACGUACUGAAAGCCAUGGACAUCUUCCUAGAGAUCGUCUCCAACCCUGAUGGCUUUGCUUUUACCCACAGCAUGAAUCGCCUGUGGAGGAAGAACAAGUCCAACCGAACGGGCAUCUCCUGCAUUGGUGUGGACCUGAACAGGAACUGGAGGUCAGGCUUUGGAGGAAAUGGUUCCAAUGACAACCCAUGCUCAGAGACAUAUCGUGGACCCUACCCUCACUCGGAGCCAGAGGUGUCUGCCGUUGUGGAAUUCAUCACAGCCCAUGGGAACAUCAAGGCUCUGAUCUCUAUCCACAGCUACUCUCAGAUGCUUAUGUACCCUUAUGGCCACUCGCUGGAGCCAGUUUCAAACGAGGAGGAGUUGUACAGUCUUGCUGAGAGCGCAGUGCAGGACCUGUACCAGGUCCACGGGACCAAGUACAUUUACGGCAGCAUCGGCACCACCCUCUAUCUGGCCAGUGGGAUCACCGUGGACUGGGCCUAUGACAGCGGCAUCAAGUACUCCUUUAGCUUUGAGCUCCGGGACACUGGGCACUAUGGCUUCCUGUUGCCGGCCACACAGAUCAUCCCCACGGCCCAGGAGACGUGGAUUGCAAUUCGGACCAUCAUGAGGCACACCCUGACUCACCCCUACAAGUAGCAAGACCGAGGCAGAGCAGGAGGAGUGAUCCUCCUGCCCAAGGCCUGGGGCUCCUUCUGAGCCCCAAAUUAUACACUCUCCCCCCAAAACCCUGCCUUGACCCCUUAGAAAAUAAAAGGAAGUUUCAAUAGGCUUGGUGGCCUCUUGCACUGGGCCGCUGCCCCUUUGGGCUCAGCAUUGAGGAGGGGACAGAGACAGCUCCGAGUGCCUCUUCUCUCCUCUUGCAAUGUGCUCAGGGCCCAGAACAGAAAACUCACCCUGUGGGAGCUACUAGCAUACACAUUGUCCCCCUGGUGGUAGUUACAUCUUAAGAUGACCCCGGAGGGGACAAUGCUUGAUCUAAGAGUGGGUCUCCAGUGCUGGCAUUUCCAGCACCUUGAGGGAGAGGUGGGCACAGAGAGGCAGCUUCUCUUCCUGCUUCACUCCCCGUGCUGGGUAGGGGGCAGGGGCCCCUUUCAGACGCCCCACUCAGAAGAUCCCACCCUCCCCUUAUAGGAAAGUGAAUGUCACUGGUUGUGACCUUCUAUUCCUCGGCACCCUCACAGGCUUCCCUAGUUUCGGGAGCACAGAGUCGCAGCCAAUCGGAGCCAGCACAGCAAAGCGCCACACAUUCAGGGUCAAGUCCUUUCUCUGUAGUCAUCCUGGUGGUUAGCUCAGGCCAGGGCACAUGCUAAGGACGCACUUUAUUAAGGGAGAGAAAGGGGUAAUAUUUUGAGCUACAAGUGAGGAGCCUUCUCCCAUCCUCAGGCUUCUUUGCACCCUGUGACUUCCCCAACCACUAGGGAGCAGAGUAAGGGGUCUGUUUGUCUUGCCCUGGGGGUGUGUGUGUGCAGGUAACCCCAAGGAGCAACAGGUCAGCUGGAGAGCUGAAUAGAUUUGUGUGAGUCUGAAGCAGAAAACAAGACUUUUUUUCGAAAGGGCCAGACUUUUGUUGUUGUUGCUGUAAAAGAAAAGGACUGUGGGAGCCCGUGGGUUGGUCUCUGUAGGACGCAGAGCACAGAGUUUUACUAUAAAUCACAGACAAAGAAGAAAGCAGGGUGAAAUCAGAACAAGUCCCCCUAUCCACCCAAUCUGUAAAGGAGAACAGAGGUUGGACCAGUUAAUGGACAGAGAUCAGUGGUGAUUAAAACUCUCGGUCAGACCCGUUCCAAUAUAGCACCUGAGCAGCACAUAAACAAUGGUCGAGCAAGGGGCCUGGGCAGGUGCUUAGAGGCAGCCAUAUGGCUGGGCACACCUCAGAGGAGCAGCUGUUGAGACUUCUGAGCAAAGACAGGAGAGGGUAGGGAGGCCUAGGUAUAGGCAAGAAGGCCAAGCCCAGGGGAGAUGCUCAUGCCCAGGUCCAGGGGUGCCAUGUGGGAGGCCUGAGGCAGUCAGGGUAAUGAACCCCUGAAGAACCCAGAUCGUCUCCAGGGGACAGACCAGCGACAGAGGAGGAGAGAAUCCGAAUUUGGGCAUCAGUUUCCCAAAAAAGUGAUUUUUUUUUUUUUUUAAAGCUGGAAGUUAUGUGAGUGAUGUAGAAUUUCAAAGCUGCAGUUUUCUGCUAUUAGUGGAAAUAUGAGGUCAUGGGCCAAGUUAAUGUAAACUACAGAUAAAUAAAGCAAGUUAUACCUGUGCA